AUGGAGAACAUAAUGUCUAGAUGGUGCUCUACUAAUAUGUCUGAAGAUGGAAGAUCUUUUAUGGUGAGAAAUGUCACAAAUGUUAUACCAGUACAUCACAUGAUUAGUUUCAAGCUACCAGAUGUUACUAUCAAUAAGAUGAAUUCUACGCAUCAAAAAAUUUGGAGGAAAAAUAAGACAAACAAGGGAAAUCCACCUAUCUCUUGGAAAAAUGUAAGUACACCAAAGAAAGAAGGAGGACUUGGCUUCAGAAUUCUCAAGUUAUUCAAUAUAGCUUUACUUGCAAAAUCUGCAUGUAGAUUAUGCACUGAUAAUACUUCAAUGUGUACUCUUUCUCUUAGAGCAAAAUACUUCCCAGAUGGAAAAAUAUUUGAUAUAAAAGACAAUUCUAACUCCACUUGCUCAUGGAGAAGCAUCAUCUCAAAGUUGUCUUUCAUCAAAAACUACAGUUGUUGGAGCAUUGGCAAUGGUCAAACUGUCUUAAUCUGGAGUUAUAGAUGGAUCCCAGAAUUAUUAACACCUCCCACUCCAAAAUUUGGUGUUAACAAUUAUCAAUGA